UAUCAAAUAUUCAUUACGAUGAAGUUGUCAACUGUCCAGAUACGACGUGCCUGUUUCGCUUGGUUCAGUUGCCUAACGUAUAAAAAAUUUACUACACUUAUUUGGCCCACUAAAGCUAUAAAAAGGCGUUAUCGGUGACUCAUAUGUUAUAAUAUUUUCGGCUAAACCCAGUCAAUAUUUCUAUUGCAAAUUAUUUCCGACAUAAAUAUGGCAAAUUUUAUGUCUCCAAUGCCGUCCAGAGAAUUCUUGUGGGAUGUGUUUCAAAGGGUUGACAAAGACAGAAGUGGAUUUAUCUCGUCCGAUGAACUUCAAAUGGCGCUUUCCAACGGCACAUGGACUCCUUUUAAUCCAGAAACAGUGCGAUUAAUGAUAGGCAUGUUUGAUAAGCAAAAUAGAGGUACUGUAUCUUUUGAAGAUUUUGGGGCCCUGUGGAAGUAUGUGACCGAUUGGCAAGCAUGUUUUCGGUCAUUUGAUCGUGAUGGAUCAGGCAACAUAAAUGUAACCGAACUCAAAAAUGCACUUACAUCGUUCGGUUAUAGUCUCAGUGAACAAGUUGUCUCAGUUAUGCUCAAGAGGUUUGACCGUUUUGGUCGUGGAACUAUAUUAUUUGACGAUUUUAUUCAAUGUUGUGUUGUAUUACAUACACUUACAGCUGCAUUCCGUCAAUUUGACACUGAUCAAGAUGGAUAUAUUACAAUUCACUACGAGCAAUUUUUAAACAUGGUGUUUGGUUUGAAAAUAUAAAUUUAUGUUGUAUAUUGUU